AUGCGAAGGACUAGGAGUUCUACACCUGUUGAGCCUCUGAAUCCUGAAAUUGAGCACACACUCCGUCAGUUGAGAACUAAGAAAAGGACUGAAGAGCUUAAUAUGGACAACAACGGGGUGAACAACAACGGUGGCAAUGGCAAUAAUAACAAUCAAUCAGCAGCUGCUGGGGCUCCUCUUAAUCCAGCGCAGCGGGCAGUGCGUGAUUUUUGCAUGCCUAUUGUGAAUGAGAAUCUCACUGGAAUAGCAAAUCCAGCCAUUGCUGCCAACAACUUCGAACUGAAACCUGCACUAAUCAACAUGGUGCAACAAAAUCAGUUUGGGGGUCUAGCUACUGAAGACCCCAACAUUCACUUGGCCAUAUUUCUGGAGGUAUGUGCCACAGUGAAGAUGAAUGGCGUUACUGAUGACGCCAUCAGAUUGCGUCUCUUCCCUUUCUCCUUGAGGGAAAGAGCCAGGAGUUGGUUGCAAUCUUUGCAGCCUGGAACAAUUACGACAUGGGAUGAGAUGGCAAGAAAGUUUCUGAUUAAGUUUUUCCCUCCUUCCAAGUCAGCCCAGUUACGCAGCGAUAUUGGACAAUUUCGACAGUUAGAUCAAGAACCAUUAUAUGAGGCUUGGGAGAGGUUUAAGGAAUUAUUACGACGUUGCCCACAACAUGGUUAUCAAAAUUGGAUGCAAGUUCAGAUUUUUUAUCAAGGGUUGAACGCUCCAACACGAACGAUAGUUGAUGCUGCUGCAGGGGGUGCUCUAUUAGCCAAGACAGCGGAUGAAGCCUUCACUUUGAUGGAGGAAAUGGCCACCAACAGUUAUCAGUGGCCUAAUGAGAGGUCAGGACCAAGGAAAGUUGCUGGGUUGUAUGAAGUUGAUCAAAUGACAGCCUUGAAUGCCCAAAUUGUUGCUCUACAAACCCAAAUGGCUGCUCUAUCAGCGCAAAAUAAUCCAACGGUUAUGGAGAGUGUAGCAGCGGCUGUUGCAAUGCAGGGGCAAGAAAUGAGUCCAGAACAAGCCCAAUUUAUGGCAAACCGCUCCUUCCCCAAUAAUUACAGAAGCAACAACAUGCCUAAUUAUUAUCAUCUAGGAUUGCGCAACCAUGAAAAUUUCUCUUAUGCUAAUAAUAAAAAUGUGUUGCAACCACCUCCGGGAUUCAAUUCUCAACCGCAACAAGAGAAAAAGUAG